CCGCUAUACUUUCUGCUGGGGGUGGUGAGGGGAGCGACUACAACUCCCAGGGGGCCGCGCGGCUGUAGCCGCGGGCACUUUAGUUCCCAGGACAACCCGGGCCCUCGGGCGGAAGCGGGAGCCUCAGGCGGCCGCGGAGCCCGGAGUGGGCGUCGCGGAGACUUGCGCGGUGAGACCCUCUGUUGGCGCGACUGAUCCUGCCCAUCUCCUCUUCAUCCUGCGCCGGGCCACCAUGAAAGACUCGCUGGUGCUUCUGGGCCGUGUCCCGGCGCACCCGGACUCUCGCUGCUGGUUCCUGGCCUGGAACCCCGCGGGGACCCUGCUGGCUUCCUGCGGUGGCGACCGGACAAUCCGCAUCUGGGGCACCGAGGGUGUUAGCUGGAUCUGCAAGUCUGUCCUUUCUGAAGGCCACCAGCGCACUGUACGGAAGGUGGCCUGGUCUCCCUGCGGUAAUUACCUGGCUUCUGCUAGCUUUGAUGCUACCACUUGCAUUUGGAAGAAGAACCAGGAUGACUUUGAGUGUGUAACUACUCUUGAGGGCCAUGAAAAUGAGGUCAAGUCAGUGGCUUGGGCCCCAUCUGGCAACCUCCUGGCCACCUGCAGCCGAGAUAAGAGUGUGUGGGUCUGGGAAGUUGAUGAAGAAGAUGAGUAUGAAUGUGUCAGUGUCCUCAACUCCCAUACACAGGAUGUCAAGCAUGUGGUUUGGCACCCGAGCCAGGAGCUAUUAGCCUCUGCGAGCUAUGAUGACACAGUGAAGCUCUACCGGGAGGAAGAGGAUGAUUGGGUAUGCUGUGCUACUCUUGAGGGUCAUGAAUCCACUGUGUGGAGCUUGGCCUUUGACCCCAGUGGCCAGCGCCUGGCAUCUUGCAGUGAUGACCGGACCGUGCGCAUCUGGUGCCAGUAUCUACCAGGCAAUGAACAAGGCGUGGCAUGCAGCAGCUCUGACCCCAGCUGGAAAUGCAUCUGCACUUUGUCUGGCUUCCACUCCAGGACCAUUUAUGAUGUUGCUUGGUGUCAGCUGACAGGGGCCCUGGCUACAGCUUGUGGGGAUGAUGCCAUCCGAGUGUUUGAGGAGGAUCCCGGCUCAGAUCCACAGCAGCCCACCUUCUCCCUGACAGCCCACUUGCAUCAGGCUCAUUCCCAGGAUGUCAACUGUGUGGCUUGGAACCCCAAGGAGCAGGGGCUCCUGGCCUCCUGCAGUGAUGAUGGGGAAGUGGCCUUCUGGAAGUAUCAGCGGCCUGAAGGCCUCUGAGCUACUUUGACUUUGGACAGAGUAUUGGUUCCCCAGAAAAUGUCAUAAGACCUUUCCAGGCCCUGAGAGGACCUGGAGGAGCAUCCUUGACCUUCAUUUAACUUGGCUGGCUUCUAUUUGGACUUGGGUAGAGGUGUGGACCACAGAACUUUCCCCUCCUUAGACCUGAGGGCCAUAGUAAAGGGCUAUAGAACAUCAGUGCAUUGUUACUGUGCCACAGAUUUCGCUUUAGGUCACAGUGUUAAACCUGGGGGGAGGGAUGAAUAUACUGUUUGUAAUCACUAUAUAUAUAAAAUGGGGCAUAUGUGUCUCAGACCUUUCUGAAGUUGUAAGCUUUAUAAAAGUAACCCAGCUGAAUCUCAAGUCCUACUUUAUAAGGCAUUCACAAUUUAAAAUAUUUCCAUGGUGAAUCCUCAUCUGAAAUAGGUCCUGCCUUCCCAAUUUCUGGGUAAGUUCCUGCAUUUAAAAUAUCUAGUCAAUAUUGAAGGAAAUUUUUGUCUUAAUGUAGGCUUGUUUAGAGUGAGGGACACCUCUACUUUCUCUUAGAAACUCUCACGUACCUCCUUGUGCCAUUAUGCUGUGAUGGCAGCUGGGGAUACGAAAAAAAUAAAUGGGGAAAUCCUGAAGGGAAUUAUUACUCGACACAAGCUGUACAUUUCUCAACAGGGAUGCAAACUAGUUCUUCAUUGGGGGAGGGGAAAAAUAUCUUAGAGCCAAUAGCUUGUGGCCCUCUAACAGCCCACAGCACAUAAACAUAGCAUAUCUGUGGUAUUACAUUUUUUUGGUGGGGGUGUUUAGGAAAAAGACAUUUAAUAAGGCUCCUUAGGGGAGUGAUAAUGAAGAAAAAUUGAGAAACACUGCCAUAGGCAAUCAGUUCUUCAGUCUUAACCUAGGUUGUCUCUGACCAUCACUUCUAAAUGGGUUUUGAUGUGAGGAUGGCCCCCAAAGCUAUAGCCUUAAGUUUUUACACUAUAGAAAUCAUGUAUCUAAAGAUUUUAGAUUUCAGAAUAACUGGGACAGUACCUAGAGCAGUGGUUCUCAAAAUGUGGUGUGCAUAUCCCUGGGAAUCCCAAGACCCCUUUUUUUUUUUUUGAAGCAGGGAGGGCCCAUGAGUUCACCUGUUGGCACUGUGGCAUGAAUCGAGCUGGUAGCAACAAACUAGUCCAGUCUUCACUGCCUUGUGCUCGGAGUAAAAAUAUUGCCACCUUCACUUAGAAAUGCCCUUGAUAGAACUAGAAAGAUGAUUAAUUGUAGUAAAUGUUGACUCUAGAGAAUACUUCUAAUAUUCUGAGAAAUAGGAAGCAUACAUAAAGCACUUCUGCCGCACACUGAAGUAUGGCUGCCUCGAGGAAAGCAGUUGUGCAACUGAGCUGCAAGCUGAAUUAGCCGUUCUUCAUGGCAUACUGUUUUUACUUGAAGGAACUAGCAAAUUAUGGUAUUUGGACUUGGCUAUUUGGCUGACAUUUUGGUAGUGAAAUGCAUGGACAUUUGGAACAAUUUUCCAAAUGACCAAUGCAUGUUACAAAAUCAUUCAUGCGUAAGAGAUUCAUUCAAAGUGUAAGACAGGCCAGUGGGCUUUAAAUGUAAGAGUAGAAGAAUGCAUUGAUAAGGUUUCAGAUUCCACAUUGCCUUUAAGAGACUACCACUUGUAGAGUCUUGGUAUAGCAUCAUAGAACAGCCACAGUUACCUGAAAAGGCUUCAACACAAAUGACAUAAAAUAUUGGAUGUAGAAACACAUAAAAGAAUCCAACUGUCUUUUAUUAAGCCAGACAUUAAAGAGAUUUGCAAAAUUA